GGGGAAGAAACUGCACCUGCUCCCGUUGCAACGUGGAGGACUUCUCCUCGCUUCUCUCUAUCGCUCAUUUCUUUUUUCAGCUUUUCUUCGUUCUGUUACUAUUCUUCGCUACGUCACAGACCCGAGUGGGCUCCUCUCUUGUCUCCGGUGCCAAUCCACAACGGUCCGGAAAGCAUGUCCACCGCGGACCAGUCUGCUGACCGUAAGCCCCACGUGAAGCUGUGGGGUGGCCGCUUCCAGAAGAGCACCGAUAAGAAGGUUGAUGACUUCAAUUCGUCCAUCCGCUUUGACCAGCGGUUGUACAAGCAGGACAUCGCCGGCUCCAUCGCCCACGCUCGCAUGCUGGGCAAGCAGAAGAUCAUCGCAGAGGCGGACAGCGAGGCGAUCAUCGACGGACUACGGGAGAUACGCCGCGACAUCGACGCCGGCAAGAUCACUUUCCUAGUGGACGCCGAGGAUAUUCACAUGAACAUCGAGACCAUCUUGACGGAGCGCAUUGGCGAUGCCGGCAAACGCCUGCACACGGGUCGCAGCCGCAACGAUCAGGUCGCCGUCGACCUCCGCAUGUACCUGCGCGACGCCAUGGAGGAAAUCCGCGCUAUGGUGAUGCAUCUGAUGGGGGUGUUGACAACGCUGGCCGAGUCCCACGUGGAGACGAUUAUGCCGGGGUACACGCACUUGCAGAAGGCGCAGCCCGUCACCCUCGCCCACCACUUCAUGGCCUACUACGAAAUGUUCAAGCGGGACUACGCGCGCCUGCACGACUGCCACGCGCGCACCAACGUGAUGCCGCUGGGUUCUGGCGCGUUGGCCGGCACCACCUACCCCCUCGACCGCGAGUCGGUGGCCCGGGAGCUGGGCUUCGCGGCCAUUUCGCAGAACAGCCUCGAUGCCGUUUCCGACCGCGACUUUGUGAUUGAGCUGUGCAGUGUGCUGUCGACCGUGAUGAUGCACCUCAGCCGCUUCAGCGAGGAGCUCAUUCUGUGGAGCAGCCACGAGUUCGCCUUUGUAGAAAUGGACGAUGCCUUCUCGACUGGCUCUUCGAUCAUGCCGCAGAAGAAGAACCCCGACGUCGCUGAGUUGAUUCGCGGCAAGGCGGGCCGUGUCUACGGGCACCUGAUGGGCCUGCUGACCACCAUGAAAGGCCUCCCGCUCGCCUACAACAAGGAUAUGCAGGAGGACAAGGAACCGAUCUUCGACGCCGUGGACACGGUGAAGCUGUGCGUGCCGGUGUUCUGCGACAUGAUCGCGACGAUGAAAGUGCAUAAGGCCCGCCUGCUGACCGGCGCGAAGGGCGGCUUCACGAACGCGACGGACGUGGCGGAUUACCUCGUGAAGAAGGGCCUGCCGUUUCGAGAGGCGCACUCGGUGGUGGGGCAGGUGGUUUUCUACUCGAUCGCGCACCAGAAGUCGCUGGAUGAGCUCUCGAUGGACGAGUACAAAACAUUUUCCCCCGUCAUCGAGGAGGACAUCUACCACGCCAUCAGCAUGGAGACGUGCGUCAACGACCGCAAGGUGGUAGGCGGGCCGGCGAAGGAGGUCAGCCUCAAAGCGAUCGAAAAUGCAAAGGCGUAUCUGACCGCGGAGAUGAGCGUCAGUUGGGCCGCGACCCUGUCGUCGUGA